AUGAGCCCGAGCAAGGGCGGUUCCUCGCUGUCAGCCGGUGACGUCAUCCGCCGUCGCAUCGCCCGGGGCCAUUUCCGACUUCUGAUAUGUCUCCUUGUCCUUUUCAUGACGCCCGGGACUUCAGGUACGAUUUUCGAUUGGUCAUUGGAAAAUCGAGAUUUUUUGAAAUUCGUCCCAGCCGCUUGGAAGGAAAUAUAUAUAUCCGUAAGCUUGAAAGAAUUUAUUUCGGAAAAGUUGGAUUCUUACGACUUUUUCGUUGUAUUUUUUGUAUUUUGAGUUUUAAUGGAGCACCGGAAGUUUCCAGAAAAAUGAGAAAAAGGAAUUUUUCGAAUUUUCUUUUUUCCUACAGCUAUCUUGACCUCAAAAGAAAUAGGACUUUAUAAUCUCUAAUUUUUAACGGUUUUUACUGUUUCAAACUGAAAAUGAAUAUCAUUCUAAUUUCAGCUUUUCGAUAAAACUUUUCAUUUCAUUUCACUCACUCCCUAGAGUUUUUUUAUUAUUCUUGUUUUUUUAACGUUUUUUUCAAAGGUUUCAAUUUUUUUCUCAAAAUUUAUUGAUUAUACAUUUUCGUAUAAUGAGACCAUUUCUUUCCGAAGUCGAUUUUUUUCAGCAAUCUGUUCAUUAAAUCCUUAAACUGUUUUUUUUUCUAGAAUUUUAAAAUCUUUAGAAAAUGCGCUCGAAUUAUGUCUUUUUCAUAUCUAAUAAAAUUUUUUUAGCCUACAACUUCCUAAAAAAAAAUCAAAAUAUUCUUUUUUGAGUCGGCAUUAAUUUUUUUAACUUCCCCGUUUCGAAAAAAAUAUUAUUUCUUAAAACUUGGAAGUCUUUCAAAAGUUAUUGCUUGCAUAAUGGGGUCACGUUUCUCUACGUCAUGUUAUAAUUUGUUCGAUGAGUUUACCGAUUCAAGCGGUUUAUAGAAGUUUAUUUCAUAUUUUCCUAUGUUCAAAUUAUCUCUGUGGUUAAAAAAAAAAACAAAAAUUGCAUAGAAAAAUGGCGGAAAUCGAAAUAAUUUUCGGGGAAGUCUUAUUCAAUUCGAUUCAUUAGUGAAAAUGUUCUUUACAAGUCGUUUUUUUUUCGCGAAAUUUUGUCAAAUUUUGGUCGCAUGUGAAAUGGAUCAAGGCGUAGCGGUCAAAAUUGGCUUAGCUAACCAAGAUUUCCAUUUAAAGUUUCCCUAAUUCAAAAAUUUCCAUCGUUAACCGAAAGUCUGUUUGCGGUCGGGCAUCUUGACCGUCACGAAGCCGCUACGCAGCGAUCCAUUCCCAAUGCGGCACGAAUAGUUUUUUUUUAAUGGAAGUAUAUUCAACAGUUUUCCUUUGAGGCUUGUUUUUUUCAAUUUUCACUUGAGCCAAUCGUCUUCUUUGUUUCUUUAAACCAAGUUUCUUCUCUUUUUUUCAUAUCUUAUUCUUCAUCUUUAUUUGGGUGCUCUCAUGUCGGUUCCAAUUUUUUUUCAACGUUUUUAUCGGAAAUUGCGAGGUCAGUUUUUUAGAAUAUAUCCAAGAUCCAGUUCUUUCUUCCACUGAAGUUUUGCGAAAGCCCUCAAAUUAAAAACCUUAUAAAAUUACAUUUAAAGCCGCUGUCCAUUUCUUUUUUUUCUGUCUAGUUCUGAUUUUUCCUGAAAGUGCAUUUUCGAAAACUUUCAAAGUGCAACUUUUCAGUUUCAUAUUCAAAAAAAUCCCACAUUUUGCCUGGAAAUUGCCACUUUCAGCUGUCCAAGACAUCAUCUUUUUUUUUGUGUAGCAAAUUUGCGCCAACGAUGUGUGGAGAAAUUCGAUUAGCGCACGUAAAUCCGUGCUUCCUUCGCCGUCGCAAUUUGUUGCCUUUGUCAUUUUCAUUUUCUGAAAUCGUGAGAAAAGCCAUCCGUUCUUCCAGUAAUUGGAGGAUUUUUAUUCGAGCAACAAAUUCGAACGCAAAAUGCUCUGGAAAAAAAGGCUGUGGCUGUGGAAUUGUACAAGUGCGCUCUAGUGAAAUAAUUCUUUGAUUGGCUUGAUCGUCUUUAGAAAAUCAAUAAGCGAAUUUGAGUUGCUAGAGUGUAAUAAGUAAAGCUUGAAAAGAUUAGAAAGGAGUGGUUAACUGUUCGAUUUGAACUGGAGGCUGUCUGAUCUAUCUGCGCUCUCUUUUACUUUAUCAGAUCAGAAUGGAGUUUGAUUGGUUAUCUAAACCUCAAAGUUUAAAAAACAGCAAAAAGAAAGCUUACGGCAAGCCGAAUUCCCAAGCCGUCUCCGAUCCAAGUACUACCGGCUCUCAACGUUGCUUAACUUGCCAGAUCGGACGGGAUGGCGUGUUUUCAACGUGAUAUGGUAGUAAGCAAAGGUCGGAGGGUGCAGAAGAGAUAUCACGGCGCUGAUAAGGGGAUUCAGUGCAAACUUUUGUGAUCUUUCAGAGAAAAAUAAGUCCUGAAAAAUUGAAGUUGUCUUGCUUACAGUAGACAGCCUUUUCAACCAUACUGUCGAACUCCUAUAAUUUAUAAAAAAAUAUUCCCUAUUAAGGGAAUUUUUCGGCAAAAAAUCCGGGGAAAAGGUCUCCAAGGAGAGCUUAAAUGAGCUGAAAACGAAAAGUGCACGUGACAGCUGGACAAAAAAAUCCUUUGAAUGUUAAAUUAUCCAUGCCUUUUUUCGGGAUUUUGACUUCUUUUUUUGAUUUGGGGUGGCCUUGGGAAGGUAUAAUAUUUUGAAGAUCUCAUGGGAUAAAUGCGGGUUUUGUAAGUAAAAAAAAAUCAGAAUAAAGAAUGAAAGUUUCAUUUUCAUUAGAAAAGCAAGGCUAAUCUCACUUUUUUGUUUAAAAAAAGUUUUCACGAUUUUCAGGGUUAUAAAUGAAAUAGUUUUUUUCAAACUUUCCGGGUUUUUAAAAAAAUAUCCUUGUCAUUUUUUUCGUUAUUUUUUUCCCUUUGUACUCGAAGCUUCCAAGGUCUCCUAUUUCAAAUCUCAGACUGAAAAAAAUUUUUGGUUCAUGAAAUUUACUAUGGAAAUCCUCAAUAUAUCAAAGUACAUUGAUGAGGUCUUUUUAAAUUCUAAGCUCCUUUUUGAUGUUACUGUUUCUGAUAGUCUUUUUGAAUUUUUGAAAAGAUCUCACAGAUUAUAGCUGACGAAACUUUAAGUCACCCUAGUAUCGAUGAAAACUUUCGAAAAUUCUGAAUAUUAAAAAAAAUCAAUAUUUUUUGUAUGUCCCAUUUUUCCCGCACAACCUAUAUUUAACUUGAUGUGCUCAAAAAAAUUAUUUUUUCUGCUCUCAAUUUUAUUUGGAUUUCGGGGUUAAAUUUUGAUAUUUAAGUAUUAUAUAUUCUGAUCCUUAUCUUGAACACUUUCUAAAAAUUCAAUGAUUCCCAUUGAUCCAUUUAUUUUUUGGCUUUUUAUCAAUUUACUGUUUCUGAUAACUUUCACAAAUUUUUGAUUAGCUGUUACACAGAUUAUCCUCCCAUCAUCCAAGUUAAAAUAUUGAAUAAAUAAAAUCAGCCGCCUUAAAGUGGAUCAACGCGUAACGGCUGCGGUUACUUCAAAAUGCGGCCGACUUGAACCGACUUGCGCUCGAGCCGAUAGGAAGUUAUAACAGAAAAGUCCGCUAGUUGACCUUUCGAACCGCAGCGCGACCGCGACGCUUUGAGCCAUUCUUCGUGCGACCACAAUGUGGUUUUAAUAAAUGAUGCAAUUAUUUCCAUAUUCUUUUUACUUGAAAUUUAUCGCUUACGCUAGAAAAGCGUUGACGAAUUCUUUGUAUUCUCGAAAAAGUGCGACACAACAAACUCCGCACUUUUGAGCUUCUGACGAUUCAGUCGGUUUGUCAUGGCGCAAGAAUAAUCGAAAAAGUAGAGGACAAGAAAGUGAACGAGUUAAUUAAGCGGGGGGCCUCUCCUGGCCGCAGGACAACUCAUCAAAUUUCCAAGGACGAAGCCGGACAAACUUUCUUUUCUUACUUUCUUACGCUUUUGCGACUUCUCGCGUGUUUCUCCGCGAGACGUCAAUUGAGAAGGAUAGUCAUAAAAAGAAGGGAAAAAAUUAGAGGGAAGCGCAAGGUUUCUUCGACCCAAAGAAGGAGAGUGAACAGAAAUUUUCAGCAAUUUUCAAUUGCCUGUUUGAGAAAGAAUAUUUAUAAAAGUAAAAAAUUUGGUAUUCUUUUUUUUUCUCAUAUUUUCUUUGAGUAAAUGAAAGCUAAAGUUCAAUAAAAAAAUUUACGAAAUUUUUUUCUAUAAAUCGAGAUUGAAAAAUUUUAACAAGUUUCAUCACUUUUUUUGAUUUCAGUGAGGAAAUUAAGACUCCUGGACUCUAUGGUAUUUUUUUUUCGUUAAAAAAUCGCUUUUCAAAAAAUUUUGCUCUGGAUUCUCUUAUCGUUCAAAUUAUCAGCGCCAUGAUAUCUGUUCUGCGCCCUCACACAGUCGCUUACGACCACAUCACGUUGAAAACACGCCAUCCCGUCCGAUCUGGCAAGUUAAGCAACGUUGAGAGCCGGUAGUACUUGGAUCGGAGACGGCUUGGGAAUUCGGCUUGCCGUAAGCUUUUUUGCUAUUUUUAAUUGAUACAAUUUUUAAAUACUCGUCAUUCCAAUCCCAGAAGACGGUCGUUGGUUAGGACCUGAAUUUCUCAUUUUGUAAAUACAAAAGAAGCCUUUAUUCUAGCUCAUAGAAAUUCAGGACUGAAAUUUCACUCUCAAGAAAAACUCUAAAGUGCUCACUUGAGAUCAACGUCACCCACAACAACCACCUGAACUUUUUGCUUUGUUUCUAUUGCAGCAUAACGACUAUAAAAGAGGGCAAAAAGUCCGAAGACUCGUUAACUAUGCGCAUAGCUAAGGCGUGCAGGUUACCGCUUCUCAGACUACUUUUAUAGUCGGUUAGGGUAUUCAUUUGAGGGGCAGGCUAAUCUCAAGGUUAAUUAUUCAUCCGAAAGGAGGAGACAAACCGACUUUUCUUUUCUUCUCUACUUCUUUUUGCUUGAUGGAUGAGACUUGGAGCGGUUUUGAAGUUUUGGGAACAACAAAGUAAUAAUCAAGAUAUACGGCUUUUGGCUCGGAGGAGCUAAAUUACCCUAAAUGGAACUUUCUCGCUAAGAUCUUCAAGAUAAAUUCAUUCAAGACUAUUACUUAGGCUCGUUCAAUUUUUUUCUCUUUAGUUCAAAUUUCUGAAGGUAGCUUCUAAACUAAUGCAGAAAAUCCGAAAAUUAAUUUUUUAUUAUUAGAGAACAUUUUAUAGUCUUCUGAAAAAAUUUUCCAUUCACUUUUUAUAAAAUUUUUCCGGCUUCAAAAAAUAAUCGUAAAAAGUGAUUCCAACCUGAAACCACCUUUUUUAUUCCACAAUUCUUCCUUCAGACGGCAAUUAGCGAUUUGCGUGGUUGAGGAGAGGCCUGAAAUCGAGUUUCCGACUAUGUGCAAGAAAAAAAAUAUGAACGCAAGGGAAUAAUCGGAUUUGAGCUUUCUUCGUGUGUUGUUUUUGAUAUUUGCUAGAAAAUUCGCGAGUUGGUAUCGUAAAAAAUGAAAAAAAUUGAGGAACUGGAAGAAAAGCGCCGGUAAUUACUCUAACAAAAGUUGCGGUGCACCCCGCGUUGAACUCUCCUGUACACCCCGCAGUGUAACCAGGGGUGCACCGAAAAGUCCAACGCGGGGUGCACCGAAUCCUCAUUUUUCAAUUUUUGCUUCUUGCACUUUUAAAAUACCUUUAUACUUCUAUAUCCCAUAUAUAUCAUCAAUUGAGACCACGUUUCAAGUUAUAUGAUUUAUUAAAUGAUAUAUCACAUGAUAAGACAAUGAAACAAAAAAAAACAAAAAAAUUACAGCGAAUAAAUAGGGAAUUUGAAAAAUAUUCGAAGAUAGACAAUUUCAUUUACAAGAUUUAUGAUAACAACCUUUACAAAAAUGUGAGAAAGAAAAAAAGGUCUCUAGAGCUGUUUUCUGCGCCUUCUCCCCUUUUUCUAACCAGGGAACGUUUUUUACCCCCCGGUUGAACUUUCGCUGAAACUUUGCUUAAGUGUACUUUAGAACCUCCUGAUUCCAGAACAAGAAAAAAAUUUCUCGCAAUAGAUCUUGUUUCUGAGUUUUGGAGCUUCAAAGUGUGCAAAAUACGCAAAUUAGGCCAAAAAAGCGCUAUUUCGGGCUUUUGAAGUGUCCUUACCCGAAAACGAGAUCUAUUGCGAGAAAUUUUUUUCUUGUUCUGGAAUCAGGAGGUUCUAAAGUACACUUCAGCAAAGUUUCAGCAAAAGUUCAACCGGGGGGUAAAAAACGUUCCCUAGUAAGCAUCUAGCCAACUUUAGACCAAAAUCGUGAGAGCAUGUUAAAAAAGUAGACAUAAAUCGAAAAAAUUGAUAGAAACUGAAAAUUAAAUCAGGAGAAAGAAAUUGAAUCAGAGUUAAGUGUCAAACAAAGGCUCAAAGUCGAAAUAUUUCAGUCUUGAACCCUCGGAUAUCAACAUUUGCUAUGAAAGAUGGAUUAAGUUGCAACCAAACUUUUUUCGUUGCGAAAAAAGUCUCUCGAGAAAACUUAAUAAAACAAUUUCCCCUUAAAAUUUAUGAAUUUACGAGAAAAUUUUUCAUCUAUAGAUUUUUGGGUAAACUUUUUUAAAAUUUUUUGGAUAAGGGUUUUUUUAAUUUGAAAGUUUUUUGGUCAUGUGAAAUGUCACCAGAACAAUUUUUGAUAUUUACGGUGACUAUCCUGAGAGACUCAACAUAAGAAUAUAGUUUUCGAGAAAUGGUCAUGGUUCCGGGAGAUAAAAUAUUACAGACUUUUUAGAUUUUUUCCAUAAGGAUAUUGAGGAUUCUCUUUUCGAAACUAGAUAGGUGCGAAUGUGAAACUUCCUAAAAUUUGCAUCUGAACUUUCAAAAACUUUAAGAGCUUAUCUGAAUCUUUUUCAGAAAGUUCUGCAAAGCAGAAACUAUUAUUCAUCCCUGUCAGCAAAAUAAAAAAAUUAUUUGGACAGUAUUUUUUUAGUUUCGAAGUUAACAAGUUUUCAAGACUGAAAAAAUUUCAAAUAGAGAUCUACUGGUAGCUACAAAAUUCUUUUCAUAGGAUAUAUCCAUGGAAACGUGAAUACAUUUAAAGAUAGAUGGUAAUAAUAAGAGAAUACAACAGAAAGAGUGGAUAGUACUGAAGAAAACUAGGCAGAAAACAGAACAGGCUUCAUAACACUUACAAAGUUGACUGGUAAUAUUUAACACAUGAUUUCCGAGAAAUUUUAUGAACUGGGAAAUCAAUUGGUACAAUAAUUUUGAAAAUUAUGUUUUUUUGAGCAUAAAUUCAUAUCACAGAUACUAUUAAACCUUUUUUAUUUCAGGCACCGAAACGCUCCGCACACUUUUAGAGCUACUAAGACAAAAUUACUGUAAGAAGCUAACUUUUUCCCUCGUAAAGCGUUUCGCUUCUAAAAUGUCCUUUGGAAACAUCAAUUGUGUUGGCAAAAUGACGACUUCCGCAGUUGUUAUAGCUCUAUAAAAACCGGGACCUCAGAUGGCCUUGAUUUUUAUACACUAAAUUUUUAUACGGAGCUUUUCGGUACUUGUUUACAUGAGUUUAAUAAUUUGCAUAGUAUCUUUGAUAUGAACUUCAGCUAAAAAUAAUCUUUAAAAUUAUUCAUCAAAAUUAUCACCAACGUAUAUUCGAAAAUUUCGGAGAACGUGUGUUCAAAUUUUUAAAACAUUGUCAGUAUGUUUUCUCUUUUUUUCGAACGAUACUUAAAGAUGAAAAUUAUUUUCAUAGCGAGCUAGAUGUGAAUAAAAACGUUGGAAAAAGCUGAAAGCUUUUCCAGUAUCAACUAUUCAAACUUUUCAUCAGCUAUUAAAGAACAAAAAAAGAAGAAAAAAAGUAACGGCUAAGUUACUCUGCUCCCCUUAUUCGACUGCAGUCCUUCUGUUUGUUAUGAAUCAGGAUCAAGUCGUACGGCUAUCUGAAAUUAAUACAAAACUAAAAUGCAAAGCUUUAAAAAAAUUACCUUCAUAUUAUAUGCGUUUUUCUCUCUCUUUCUUGAUGGUCAUAAAUUUAUUCUCUUCAAAUGAACCUGAAACGCAUCACAAAUAAUCGCGAAAAAGUUAGCGAAACAAAUAAAGUUUAAAAAAAUAUUUACUUUUAAGAACAAAUCGUUUUUAAACUAAAAUCUACAAUAGUUUUUUUAAUUUUUGAUAGUUUUUUUCAAAAAUUGCUUGCUAGACUCGAAAAAAAUUGAAAAAAAUAUGUCGAGGCAAAAAAAUAAUUUUGGCUUUGCAAGAUUUCUGCACAUUUGAAAGACUCAAAAAGCAUUUUUCCAGCGAACUUUUUUGCAAAAAUCAAUGCGCAAGCCUUGAUUACCUGACAACUUAAAAAAAUUAAAUGUUCAAUACAGCUUUUUUUAGACUAAAUUGAACAAAAACCUUCAAAAAGGUUGGAAUAAAAACCGAUUCGAAAUGUUCAAUUUAAAAAGUUACAUGAGCUUUUGGAAGCAAGAUUACUUUUUAUCCAUCAUUUCCAGAAGUUUGCGAUCGAAAAAUAUAAUUUAACAACGAAUUUUGUAUUUCAAAAAAUGUCUCAAAAAAUUUGCCAAUAAGAAUAAUAAGAAGAAGAAAUUCAUAUGAAACUACUUCCAUAAACUCACUAGUAAUGUUAAAACAUCGAAUAAUAGAAAAAAACACGAAAAAGCGAGUGAUAAUAAAUUAAAACAAAUAAAAAAACAAAUGAAAACUUCAAAUUUCGUAACUUGAAGUUUGAAAAACGCGUUGUUCGGAACAUCGUUCCAGAUGACCGAGGGGUGCACCGAGUUUUCAAAUUUUCGGUGCACCGAAAACAUCAACGCGGGGUGCACCCAAUCGCGCUGAGUUCAACGAGGGGUGCGCCCCGAUGGCCGGUUCGACGCGGGGUGCACCGCAACUUUUGUUAGAGUAUCACCCAUUAUAUGUGAACACUUCGCAAUAGGGCGCACUUGAUUUUGCGCCUAUUUCGUGGAAAUCCGAAGUAUUUCUAUCUCACCUCGCUUUUUCUGAGUUUUUCAUUUGUUUUUAUGAUUUAUAAAUAAAUUACAGGGUGCGGAAUCCACUUCAUGAUUAUUAAAAUAAAAAAUCUUAUGUGGCACGUGCUUCAGAUAGAAGAUGUCGUAGCAAACGAAUUUCUGCGGCACGUAGAUAAACGAGAUCAAUUUUGCUACAAGUUUUGAGCAGGGAGUCUCAAAAUGGCUCGGAAACCAUUACACUGAAUUUUCACACAAAAUUUGGAGUAAAUUUGAUAACAGUCAAAAAAGCGAGACCCCGUUUUAUGUGCUUGAAACUAGGUAAACUGUUGAAAAAUCUCUGUAGCAUAAGCUACAAAGAUUUUUGGAAAUUUUUUCUAGUAUUUUGUGCCACUAAAGAUAACUGCCGAGUCUGGCGCGAAAGAAAUUCGCUCUGACUGUACAUUUGACGAACUCGCAAUGUGCUCAGCCGUCCUGGUCGAAAUUAGAUGAUCGCGGCAAGAAACAGAAACAUAUUGAGGAAGUAUGGUCAGCACUGAGCACAUCAGCGAAGGUCCAUCAAAUUAUCAAAGUAAAAACGAUGUCCUCGAGCGGGUCUCGCGUUUUCUCACGUACUGAAAACUUCCAAAGUCCGAGACUCGCGCGAUGACAGAGCGAUUUUUGCGUUUUAGUCAAUAUACCGCCAGCAAUAUUGUCUUCAUUUCGGCGGUUAUUAUUAACGAUGAACAGGCUUGUGGGUCAGGACGUGCGCCCGAACUUAGGGCUUCAUUUUUGAGAAAAGGUUUGCGCAGGCUUGGGCCAGGCUUCGAAAAUUUUUCUAAACUGCACUAUUAAAUGUUGUUAAAUCAUAGUUUAUGUUGGCCUGUGAGUGAAUUAACCAGCAAAAAUUUGACUUCUGUUGUAAAAAAAAAGCUUGAUAUUCCACUUGAACAAAAUUUGAGCCCGUUCUUCUUUACUUUAUGCCUCCUAAGGCGAAACCGUGCUUAGAAAAUGGCCGGGGGCCAAUAGACUGACGGGCCGGUUCCUGUACAAUUCUGAUGAUGACUACACAGUCUCAUUGACAAAUUUAUCGAUAUUGGGAAUCUUUUACGCAAACGGUAGCCCCUUUCCUUUCGUCCCAGUAAGUAUUCCCCACCCUGUAAUUCAUUUAUAAAUCAUAAAAACAAAUGAAAAACUCGGAAAAAACGAGGUGAGAUAGAAAGGAUUCGGAUUUCCGCGAAAUAUGCGUAAAGCCAAGUGCGCCCUAUUGCGAAGUGUUCACAAAUAAUGGGUGAUAAUUACCGGCGCUUCUGGAAGAAGAAAUUAACGACAGAGUGCUUACGAUUUUCAGGAAAUAAAAUCGAAAUUAUGUAAUUUAGAGAGUGAAUUGGUAACUCUGAUUCAAUAAGACUAAAAAAAAUUGGAAUUGAAAUUCUUUAUUUAAUUUUUAUAGAAGUUUUCUAAAUUAUCUUCUUUUUAUUUUUCUAUCAGCGAAAUUAUCAGCGCUAUAGUAUCUGUUAUGCGCCAUAUCACUUUCGCUUACGACCACAUCACGUUGAAAACACGCCAUCCCGUCCGAUCUGGCAAGUUAAGCAACGUUGAGAGCCGGUAGUACUUGGAUCGGAGACGGCUUGGGAAUUCGGCUUGCCGUAAGCUUUUUUGCUAAGUUUUCUGUGUCUUCCUAGUAAAAUUUUGCUUCAUUUUUGCAAAUUUCGCUUCAUUUUUGUAAAAUUUUGCUUCAGCCCUCUAUUUUUAAAUGAGUGAUUUUUUUUUCAUUCGAAUUUUUCCGUUCGCCUUUGAAAGCCCUAUUCGGAGACAAGAAUCUCACUGGGAAGGAACAAGUUCGUCGUGAGCAAAAGACAAAUAGUAGUCGCCGUAAGCGCAAUUAAGUAAUCACUUCGGCGCUCAGCCCACCAAUUACCUCUCUGUCGUGGUUCCGUGGCCCACCGACUGACGUUUGUCGCUUUUUUCGUAGUGGGAACAAAGAUCUUCAGAAAAAAAAAUAGAAAAUAUUCAUUUAUAGUUUUCCUACGAGAAAAAGGAAAAAAAAGCUUACGGCAAGCCGAAUUCCCAAGCCGUCUCCGAUCCAAGUACUACCGGCUCUCAACGUUGCUUAACUUGCCAGAUCGGACGGGAUGGCGUGUUUUCAACGUGAUAUGGUCGUAAGCGAGGAUGUGGGGGUGAAGAACUCAUAUUAUAGCGCUGAUCAUUUGAACAAUGAGAGAUAGGGCUAACUCGAAAUUGAAACUUUUCUUUUGGCGUAAACGGUUACCUGGGCAGCCCGAAGGACUUUAUUCAAAAAUCCUUUUCCAAUAGUUUACCUUUUUUUGAAUAAAACUAGGAAAAUGCUUCACAAGCCGCCUUUUUCUCGAAGCUGAUAUAAUUUAUUAUCGUUUUUUUCAAAAGAUCAGACGCUUAAAAUUCGGAAAUAACAUUGUUGACAUGUAUUCUGGAGAUUCUGUGGGCUGGAGUCGCAUUUCUCUGCCCGUUGCGCCUUUAAUCAUCAUCUCUGUCUUUCUUUUUUCUUGCAUAUUUCUCGAGAUAUCAUAUUCUUCGUAUAUUUAUAUAAAGCAGUGUAAUUCUGACACCCAUCUCCUUUAAUACCAUGGAUAUCAAAGCUCUCUUUGGCAAAAAGUGUUCCAAAGCCGAAAAUAAUAUUCCAAAACCCGACGUCUCAGAAAUCCAAGACGAGGUUUCCGGUUUGAAAGCCGAGCGGGUUUUGCCAUGGUAGUCAGGAAUAAUGGAACGUUUUUUUGGAAAGGUGGAAAUUUACCUGGAGAGGAAGGAAAAAUAUACGAUUUCGAAGUAGACACUAGCCAAAAAUUAACAAGGUUUUUUUUUUCAGAAGCACUACAGUGUCUCGAAGGCUCCGACUGCGAACUAGAUGCCUCCUGCACAGAAUGUUCAGGUUUGAACUUAAAAAAUGACUCAUUUAGACCAUGUAAGACCUUUUCACUAGUGGAUACUUUUUGAGUAAUCGUUAUUUCCCAUUUUGGCCUAUGAAACACAAACUUUUUUACUUUUAGAAAAAUGAUUUUUUUUUUUUCAUUUUUUUGAAAGUUCAAAUCGGAAUUUACAGGCGUGGCGUGCACGAGAGUGACGUCAUCUAACCUGGACGACAACAAAGAAAUCGCCCUUACGUGUGUUCCUUACGAUACGCGGUUGGUUUUCUUAGUGAAUUGGAAAAAAAAAUUCGAAUUUUAUUUUGAGGUGCUCGAAAGCGAAGCCUUCUUUAUUAGCAUUUUUUUUUAUGAUGUUUCGUAUAUUUUUUUAAAUUUUCGAUAUAAAUUUUCGAGCUUUUUGCAGUUUUAUGCUUCUUUUUCAGUCAUAGAUGUAAUCAUCAAGACGGCGAACAAAAAUUACUAAUACUUUAGCGAACAGCCGUCUUUUAAGACCUAGGAGCCCGAAAAUGUAGUUGAUCAAGUUGGAACCAUGGUCUUACGGUCCUUAACUUAGUUCUUCUGCGCUUAGUUCCUUCAGAUGCGCCUUGACGAGCUCAGAAUGUGGCUGUUCUUUUUCUGGAAUCUGGAAACCGGGUUCUAGGUGGAGGCCUUGAAAUGAGAGCAACCACUUCGAGUGAAGAUUUUACACAUAACCUGAAAAGGUGCCCCUUUUAGAAAGGGUCACUUUUUGUAGCAGUUGUUUCAAAUUUCAUAUAAAAAAGUUUAUUUAAACCUUUCUUCUCAAAUUAUUGGUAUAAGACAAAAAUCCUCAAUCUGAAACCCUCUUUCAGGUCGUUUCCCCCGCAGACGUUGAUCGAGCAGGGGUGCACGAAAGUCGGCGAGCGGCAGGUCUGCGUCUGCUACCAGGACUACUGCAACUCGUCCUCACAGACCUCAGUCAUCUCCUUCCUGCUCCUCGUCGCUUUCUUCUUUCAUAUCCGUCAUAUUCUGUGA